GAUUUAAUCCGGGAAGGGUUGGUGGCGGCGGUGGUUCUUUUCUGCUGUUUUCGGUUUUUGCUGCUUUCUUACCGUAAUUCCAAUUUUUUUGGGGUUUCAAUCUAGGGUUUUACUUUAAUUGGUUUGGCGGCAAUUUCCUUUCCCGCUAUCUUUGUUUCUUUCUUCCCUUGAUUUCCCCCCAAAAUCCCGUUUAAUCAUAUUGUUAGGAAGCGAAGAUUGUUUAACGAUCCAAUUUCCUGCUCUAUUGAGCUGCCUUAUUUUUGCUACAAUUGUCUGGUGAUUUGGGGCGAAGGAUGAAGCGUAAACGAGGGAACAAGAAAAGCAAGCGAAAAAGGGGCACUGAAGUAGCUGGAAAGGAAGCGAGUUCUUUAGUUCCAGAAGAAAAUUCUGGUGCGGAGGAGUUUGAUAAUGACAAUAAUGACAAUAAUGACUCUGCGAUUGAAGUUGAUACGCCUUCGUCAACGGGAACUGAUCAUCUCAAUCUUGCAAAUGUUAAUCCAGAGGUUUCGAUCGACAAGGCUGCUGGGAAAUCGUCGCUUGGGCGUGUUAAAGUGAAGCUCAGGACCUCAAAAUUUAUCGACGCGCAGCUUAAUUCUUCCGAUGCGCUCACUCAAAGUGAUACUGAUAAGAGCAGUCCUCAAAUGGGCGUAGAGAAACAAAGCGUUGUUUCGGAGAAAAUUGAAGAUAGUGCCAAUUCAUUGCCCGAGAAGGAAACUGGUGUUUCUGGGACUGCAUCGAAAAAGCCUGGGAGUAUAAAGAUCAAGUCAACCAAAAGCCUUGGAGCAAGUAAUAACCCGACAACUACUGCAGUGAAGCCACAGGGUGGGGGUAAUCGGAUACCUCAACAGGAUUCUCGUCCUAAUAAGAACGAGUUGAAUUCUGCUCUUACGGUCAUAAAGAAAGUAAUGAAAAUGGAUGCAGCAGAGCCGUUUAAUGUCCCUGUGAAUCCUGUUGCUUUGGGGAUACCUGAUUAUUUUGAUGUGAUAGAUACACCGAUGGAUUUUGGGACGAUAUGCGGCAAUCUUGAAAACGGUGUUAAAUAUAUGAAUUCGGAGGAUGUUUUCAAGGACGUGCGGUAUAUCUGGGAGAACUGCUACAAGUAUAAUAAUAAAGGGGACUACAUUUUGGAUCUUAUGAGGAGGGUGAAGAAAAACUUUUCAAAAUAUUGGACUGCUGCUGGAUUGUACAAUGGGCAAGUUUCAGCAACCAAUGGUGGUGAUGUAACCCAAGAGAAUGGUGGAGCAUCCAGUCAGGGGAAACCUCUGAAAAGUCAGUCAAAACAGAAAACGAAGAAGCGUCAUGGAAGACGCCAUAAAUCUGAUUGUUUAUGUGCAAUAUGCGUUUUAAAGCGCCGUAGGAAGGAGCGUGAAGAGAUUGCUAGAGUUGCUAAAGAUCAAAGUGGAGCUGGCAAUAACCUAGCGCAAGAGUUUAAGAUUGAGGAAUCUUUGCGUGGGGAAAGUCCUGGCAGCGGGGAUUCAUCAUCGAAUGCAGAUGAUUCAGACAAUGAAUUAGAUGUUGAUGAAGACAUAGGAGAAGAGGUGAAAAUGGAUGUUUCAAAGCGACAGUUUAGCACCCCAGAGGAGAAGCAAGAUGAAGGUGAGGAGGAAAAAGAUGAAGAAGGAAACGAAAUGGAGAGGAAGACGGGUGCUGAAUCCAAAGGAACUGAGCAGCCUGAAAGGUCGAGGGAGGAUCACAGUAGACCGUCGAUGGAGCAUUCAGCUGACCUGAAAAUGGAGGAUGUAGUGGCGCAUGAGGGAGAAGAGCAAGAUAUUCAUAACUUGGAACAUAAGGAAGUAGAAGAAAAACGGAAGAAGAAACUGAAGGCAUGGGAGGAGUUGAGCAGUAAAAAUCCAAAGCUUUUAGAGUUGUGUGGCUUAGUUUUCCCUGCCAAUCCAAGAUCCGUGUGGAGAGGACCUCAUUCAUUGCUUCCGCAGCACCAAACUUCUCGCACUACUUCCAUUCACUUGGCCAUACACAAGUUCAUGAAGUAAAAGUAGCUGAAAAGAGCAUGCUUGUGCUGUCCCAAAUCCAAAUCCAACCUCGAAACCAUCUUGCACGGCACACCAUGUAGUGGCGUGUUGUUCAUGAUCGCAUAUUCCUGACAACUUGUCUGUUCAUGUUUUCAUUGUAUCUUUAUUUUGCUUUCUUGUAUAUUUGUAAGCAUAUGACUACUCAUCACGUUUGAUGUCAUGGACAUUUGUAUUAUCAAAAAAUCUAAGUUUGAGUUGGUUGAUUUA